AUGAAUUUACGAGAAUAGGUCGCAAGUCGCAUAGAUUUUUGGUUGAUUUCCUUUUCACUUUGCUUUCGUAUUCUCUAAGAUCUAAUAAACUAGAGUUAAUUUGUGUUUCUGAUUAUAUUUUGAUUCAACAAUUCCGGUGCCGCUCUGCCGAAAUCAGGAUAAGUACGAAAGUGAACAGCAUCUUAUUGAUUUUCUUCCCAUGCAUGGCAUAUGCUCACACCAGCCCGAAUUCUUCUUAUAUCUAACAACGAAUACAUGAUUUAGUUCCGAAACUACCCGUUUUGAGUAAAGAGUCACAUAACCAGUGACAUUUUAUCUAAUUUUCUGUAAACAAAUCGAGUCAAAAUGAUGGCAAAUCCGCUCGACUCUCUAAACCAGCCCACGCAAAAUGGAAGUAAGUUGCAGCCGUGCAAGAAUGAGUCUAAGACGAAUUUGAUAAUCAAUUAUCUGCCGCAAACGAUGACCCAGGAGGAAAUUCGAUCAUUAUUUUCGAGUGUCGGCGAAGUAGAAAGCUGCAAGUUAAUAAGGGACAAGGUGACCGUGUUUCCGGAUCAUAUUCUCAACGGUCAGAGUCUUGGAUACGCUUUCGUCAACUAUCACCGAGCUGAGGAUGCAGAAAAGGCGGUGAAUACACUCAAUGGUCUCAGACUGCAGAACAAGAUCAUCAAAGUUUCAUACGCACGUCCAAGCUCUGAUGCGAUUAAAGGUGCCAACCUCUACGUCUCCGGACUCCCGAAACACAUGACUCAGCAAGAAUUGGAGAAACUCUUCGGCCCCUACGGUACCAUUAUCAGCUCGCGCAUUCUCCAUGAGAACAUGAAUGUCGGUCAGUUGAUGCAGGUAGCUCCAGAAGAUCACUCUAUCCAAGGUCCAUCAAGAGGAGUCGCCUUCAUCCGGUACGAUCAAAGGUGUGAAGCAGAAGCAGCUAUACGUGAGUUGAAUGGCACUAUUCCACCUGGUGGAACAACCCCAAUGACUGUCAAGUGUGCAAACAACCCAAGCAAUCAGAAUAAGGUUUUGGCCCCCCUUACUGCAUACCUGGCUCCAACUUCAACACGGCGCAUCAUAACCCCUGCAGGUGGAUCAGGCUGGUGUAUCUUCGUGUACAACAUCGGGGCUGACACUGAGGAGAGUGUUCUGUGGCAACUUUUUGGGCCAUUUGGUGCCGUCCAGAGUGUGAAAAUAAUUAGAGAUCCCUCUACAAACAAGUGCAAAGGUUAUGGUUUUGUUACUAUGACCAAUUAUGAUGAGGCUGUUGUUGCCAUUCAAUCCCUGAAUGGCUAUUCACUGAAUGGUCAGGUCCUUCAGGUCAGCUUCAAGACCAACAAGAGUAAAUCUUAAAGACUUUGAGAGUCUAGUCAAUAAAUUGUAGCUAAUACAAAAAUGUUGAUCAACAUCGUCAUGGUUUGACAUCAAAUUAUAAUAGUACUGAGUAGGAAAACAUUUUGACACUGUAUGAUGCGAAUCAUGACAUGUAAAGUUCAUCAGAAGUACAAAAUAUGAUGCGUGUAAUCAUAAUAUUAAUCCAAUAUUUAUUUUACUUCAUAAUUUUGACAAACAUUACCCAACAAUGAUUUGUAUAAAUGAGUUACAUAUAGCAAUAAGAAGAUUCCAUUUAAUAACUUUCAUAUUAUGAAUAGUAAAAAAUCUAUGAGAUUUUAUUACAAUUUCACAUUUAAAAUUGCAUAAAUUAGUAACAAAAUGAUCUGAUAUAGAAAGUGAAUGGUUCUCCAAUUCAUAAGACAUACAAAUGGUUUUUAAUCAUUUACAAAUAAGCUGUAGAAUACUCGAAAUUUAUGAUUGUUAAUCUUGAACUUUACUAAACUUAUCACAAACUUAACUAAUUUAAUAGCCUAAAACAUAGCCGAGUAUGUAAUAUAAAGUACUAAAGUAAAAAUGGUUGUAAUAAGCCUAAAAAUAUUCAAAUCAAUAUAAAACUGAGCAAUAUACUCAAAAUAGUAUAAGUAAUAGACAACAUAGUAAUAUAUUCUACAAAAGAAAUAAUGAAACAAAUCUUAAUGCAAUAAUAUAAUUAUAUUUAAUAUCAUAUUAUUAUGAUAGCUUAUCAACAGUGCAAUAUAAAAGAUUUUUUUACUUAAAGUAAAAAUAUAUUCCCAGUGCAAUUCAGAUCCAGAUUAAAAUAUGUAAUUAUUUUUUGGGUUAUAACCAAAAGUGUAUUUGGGUUACAACAAUAAGUUUAUUGGUUCAUUGGUGACAUGAUUUUUUGAUGCUAUAAAAACACUAAGCGUAAAUAUGAUACUUAGUUGUACUUAGGAGAUAACCAAAGACAUCAGCAAUAAAACUGACUGAUUUAAUAAAAGAAAACUAUGCACUAAGUGACUUAUAAGAACACCAUAAAUUCUUCCAUAAGUAUUUUACCAUAUGAUAAGCAAAGCCCCAUACAUUAAAAAGAUAAAUUUAAAAUAGUUACUGGUAUGAAAGAAAUGAUAAUGCACAAAAAAUAUUUAAAUACUAGAUAUUAAGAACUAGUUUUUUUACACGAGCAUCAAAUUAAAACUAAAAUAGGCUUAUUUUAGCCACUGGUGAGUAAGACGGAAAGUGGCUGUUAUAAUGUUAAUAAAAUAUCAAAAUAAGACAUAAAUAGUUUUUGGAAUUCCAAUUAAAGUUUAAAGCAAAAAUAUUAUGUGGGCUGUUCCGGGCUUAGAAGACAUUAUCAAAGCAAUAAUAUAAUUUGAUGCUCCUGUAUAGCUCCUGCUAGCACACUAGCAUAGAAAAAUGUUCAUUAAAUCAUCAUUUUUAUUCAAGAAAAGUAAAAUCUACGGGUGACUUUUAUAAUGGUUCCCACUUAAAAUACUUUAAUCUGACAUAUGUGUGGCACCAUGACAUAACAUCAAAUAUUGUAUAUUAUUGAUCAACAUUUUAAUUGUGACAUACAUCUUUUAAUGCAUCAGAUUUGGGCACAUAAAUUAUUUAAAAUUUAAAUGUAUUUAUAUGUGAAAGUCAAAUCAAUAAUUUAAAGAAUGUAGGAGUAUGUUGUGUUUGGAGGUAAUUUUCUCAUUAAUUAAAUAGGAAGAUUCACAAUGGACAAGGAGAAGAAUAAUUUAAGGAAAAAUCAAGUCGAAUCAAGCCUGACAUGUGAGUUUGAGACUAUGCAAAGAUUAUCUUGUUUUUAUGCCAGCAUGACCAGUAAGUACAAUUCACUUGUGUACUAACAUUGCAAUAUUUAUAAAGAAUACUCACUUCAAAUAUUGGAUAAAUAUUAAACAUUUAUACCUCAUUUGUAAUUUUCUCAUAAAUAUCAUCCUACAUUGUCUAAUGUGAAUCUAAUACGUAAGUAUCUUAACUCGCUAAUAAAAUUAAUUUGACUUUCACCACAUUAUGAUAUUGUCUCUCUAAUUAUUAAUUUCAUUGUAUAAUCACUAUUUAUUAUUAUGAUAUAAGUAAAUUUAAAUAAAAUUUGAAAAAAAAAAGUAUGUUUCCAUAUAAUUUCUAGAAACCAUUGGGUUUGUUCAUUUUGAUGUUUGUAUUUAACAUAUUCAUAGUAGCAUAUGUAAGUAGUAUUAAAAUAUUAUUUAUUUGUUUAGAAAUCAUUAAUGCCAGUACGUCUUUUCGCCAUUUUUUUAUUGUAACAAAGAAAAUGCUCGCCGGUUCAUACCAGCAGCCUAGCAGCAUAUUUAAUGGCUGAGGGAAUUGUCGAUGUUCAUCCUAGACUAAGCCAAUAAGAAAGGUGAAAGAAAAAAUCAGAUUAAUUUUGUUACAAAAAAAAAAAGUGAAACACUAGUUCCAAAUAUUCUUUUAGUUUGUUAUUCAUAAAUAGUAAUUUAUGUAAUGCAUAGUUAAAUUAUUAAUAGUUAAAUGCAUAUCAUAAUUGACUAAAUGAGGCGAGAUAUAUUCUCAUGAAACUGUUAAUAAACGAUGCAUUUCGAAAAUAAGUUACUUAUAUUCUAUUUAUUUUUCUUCUAUAAGCUUAAAAUGUUGCAUUACGAAUUAUUUAUUUUUAAAUAUAAAAAUAAUAGAGAAGUACUUAAACUAUGCGGAACUAGUCAUUAAAAAAAUUGCGCAACAUAUUUCUUUUAAGUACUUAUGUUUAAUGGCUAAGUAUAAAAAAAAAAAAUAGUGAAAAACUGUGUUCUUUAAUUUAUAAAAAAAAACCGUAGUUUAGAUAUUAAUUUAUGUUUGUGUGGUGUUUGGUUUAAUAGUAUUUAUUGUAAUACCCGAAGCACACGUUGCUUUCAAUACUGUAUUCAAAAAGGUAUUUACAAGAGUUUGGCAGAGGCUUUAUGGCCCAGGUGGACAGAAUUAAUCUUGUAGUUUCAACAGGUAAAUAUCAAGUACCUACUUAAUUAAAUGAUCAGUCGAUUUAAACUCCUAUUGCCGGAGACUCGAAGGCGGCGAUUCUAUUUAUCAAAUAAAAAAUUACACUAAAGCCAUAAAAAUCUGCCAUAUUCUUGUAAUUAAUAUGUAUUUUUUUUCCUUAAGAAAUCCAAAUCUUAUUGAGAAUUUUUCUUUAAAAAUAAUAAUAAUAAUAAUAGAAACGGAUUUUUAGUAAUUAACUUAAUACAAAUAAAAAAAUUAUGGUGUGUAUGAAACUAGUCAAUGGUAGAAAUAUACCUCUAUAUGUUACUGUUUGAAAUGCUGAUAUUUUAUGUAAGUUUCUAGACUUAUUUGUAUAAGUUUCCUGUUACAGUAUGUUCGAACAAACCUGUGAAAUAUUAGUAAAAAGCAAUGCCCUACGUAAUUUUGCCUUUGGACAAGAAGCUUCCGUACCAAAAAAUAGUUUUUAUUCUAUUUUUAACUUAUCCAACAUAUGAGGAGUAUAAAUGCAAAAGCUCCUGCCACAAAGCAUUGCAAUCAAAGAUUGAUUAUAAAUGAGGCGAAUACGCCCUUCAGAUUUGAUUGCUUCACGUAUUUCAAGUACCCUGCCGCCAAGUUCAAGUGCAGCAAUUUGGUAUGGGCAGUUACAAAAAUAUGAAAUUUGAAUUAAAUUUUCUUACAUAAACGGCAAAUCGGGGCUUAUAGGCCACUUGCAAUAAGAUUGAACAAUAAUUAUGAUAAAUUUGAUUCAAUCUGAGAUUUUUUAACAAAUACUUGACCUGCCCUAGAAGAUAUAGUUAUCUCUAGAAAGAAUACAAGAUAAUUCUUAUAAGUAUGGAUUUUCAUAUGAAGUUCUAAUUUCGCACAAGAUUAUCAGCCUAUUUGUAUAUGUCAUCACAUUGUUUAGUCAGUUUUGUGUCGUCCUAUGUGUAUGUGAGUUUAUAGUUAAAUGUAUGCUUGCUUUCCACCGAUUACAAAAUCUAUAUGUACACACCUGGCCCGUACAAUGUUUUUUUUAUUUUUAUUUUGUAUUUUCAAGUGUUAUUUCAGCUCGCCAUUUUUUUGCGUUCUAAAAUUUCGGUAUUUAGUGAUACAAAUAAAAAUUUGUUUCAAAAGAAAUUCAAUUUAAACAAAAGUACAUACCUCUACUAACUUUUUUUUUUAAUAUAGCGUUUAUUUAUCUGAUUUUUUUCUUUUGUUUUGUACUAAUUAAUUUGUUAUUUUUGGGCAGGUAUGGGUAAGGUUUUGGCCUAGGAUAUAGGUAGAUUUAUAAGACAGAGUACAAAUCGCCAUGUAUGAAGACGAGCGUUUAUGCUUAUACAAUUAAAACUUUUGAAAUGUCAACGAAUGUAAUCUGACGUAGGGAAUAAUUAUAUAGGAAUUAAAUAUUGACCUUAGCAAUAAUACGUAUAAAACAAUGUUUUAUUUACUUCCCCUGAUUACUGCUUGUAGUAGAAGCUGGCAGAUUAACUGCUCUUAAGAUAAAC